AUGCCUGAAGUUCCAAAAUUUCGAAUCAGUGUGAUAGGCAGUGGCCCAAUUGGUAAGCUACUUCUGAGUAGUGUAGCUGCUCAUCCAAGAAUUGAGUAUACACAAUUCGAAGCCGAAACAUUACCUCUACGUCCCGCCUUUGGCUAUGGUAUUGGGCCACAAACGCUUGCAACGACGAAGCGGUUAAGCUUAUUUAGUCCACCAAACCCUUUGUUUUUCUACCUGCUCCUAUUUUCCGAUUUCAAAUUCCGCUGUCAUGUCUCAUUGAAUAUACUCCUUUUUGCUUCCGUAGACUGUAUCAGCACUUCUUUUUUCUCAUGUUCUUCCAAAAGAAUUGCACGACCAAUUUUAGCCGACCCUGUUUGGAUGGAAUUUCACCAUGGCGGGGAGGAAGACAAUCAUUUGCAUACCAUUCGUGUCCCAGAGGGAGAAGUCUUUGGGAGAAUUGGACGUGAUGAGCUUAUGGUGAUGCUUGAUGCUUUCGGUCCCAAGGAUACUCCAAUCCAGUACGGCAAAAAGCUCAAAUCAGUAAAGAAAAGUACUGAUGGCGAAUUAACGCUGACGUUUGAAGAUGGUGGUGAAGAUCACGCAAAUGCCCUAUGGGCGUGCGAUGGUAUGAAUUCUCUGUGUAGAAAGUUCGUGCAGGGCGAGGAUUACAUACCUGCAGCUUACUCAGGCCAUGUGACAUUCAGAGGAAAAGUCGAGAGCAGCAAGAUUGAGGCGGAGAUUGGGAAGCGAUUCACUACAGAUACAUCUAUGUUCCUUGGUAUUAAAGGUUGGCACGUAUUAACCUUCCCCAUUGAUGGUGGUAAAUACGUUAAUAUUGCGGCAUUCUCAAUGGAGGAAGUUCAGAAAAAGCGUGGAAGGAACUACGUAACAACUACCGAUGAGCUGCUUACUUAUUUUCCCGGGGCGAAUUCCAAAGUUCGGAAAUUCUUGACGCUGCUUAAUGACCAACCAGGUGGUUGUGUAUGCCUUGAACUGACUCACAUGCAGACUUUGGGUACCUUUACCAACCAAAGUCUUUGUAUGACGAGCUUCGGUGAUUCUGCUAAUGGAAUGCUACCUCAUAUCGGAGGCUCGAUGGCAACCGGGUUCAUUGGCGUUACUACCUUUCUGCAUGAAGAGCUGAAUCCCCGUAUUCAUGCCCUCAACCCGAAUGCGAGCAAUGCCGAGAUUGCCGAAGUACUCAUGGAGGCUUCUAUUGCAUAUGAACGUAAGCAUAAGCCUUUGGCGCAAAAGCUUGUGGACUACUCAAGAGAACAGGGGUUUGUUUUCUCGGGUGGAGUAACUGACGCCGAGGAAUUGGCUCGAAGAGCAAGAUUUUUGUGGAAGGCUGAUUCUUACAAUGCUACCGUUUAAGAUGAAACAAUUAUCAUCUAUGUUGGUAACUCCACCUCGUCCACCUCGUCCACCUCCAGUUUCAACAAGAAGAAGAUGCGCUCCAAUGAAUUUUGCGUCCGAAAUAUGAUUGACCGAUAACUCAAAAUUUGUUAAUUGGGUACUUGACCUAUGUUUUAUUGCUCCACUAAGGCUAUUUAAUAGACCUUAUAUGGAAAAGGUGUGGAGAUGUCAAAUUGAACCCUGUUUGUGGAUAUUGCUAGUCCAAUUGCUUAAUUCAGCAAAAUACAUAAAUCGUCCAAGUUUCAUUGGCCGAUGGUGUCUAAGCUUUUAGAAGCUUCGUGGACGGAUUUGAUCCGAGCCUUCGCGGCCUUAGGGAACGAACAUCCGGGUAAAGUAUUCUCAUUAGCAAUUGACCCACUUAUCAAUAUAGUGUGCUCCGUAAUUCAGUUAUUCGGCAGCGAACCCCUAAUAGCUCCAUCAGCCAUACAGCGGAAAGCAGGCCGGUAAGUGGCCCUUGCUAUUAUCCUAGAUGUGCUUUCGAAUCCUAGAAAAGUACGGAGAUUGAGUAUCGAACGCGAGCACAACUGAAUAGUUUUAUGAUAAUUGUAGUCUCUCUAUCGUUGUCGGGUUCCUUUGUUGUUUUGACGAUGAUGAUUUUCUCGUGUAUUCUGUUUAGAGUUGCGAACAACUGCACUGUGCCAUCUUGGAAAAGCCACUGCAGAAUAGUGGUGC